AUGGCGACCUACAUGCAACUGAGCACUAAGGCCAAGAUGCCCAUCCUGGGGCUAGGCACCUGGCAGGCUCCUCCAGGGAAGGUGGAAGAUGCAGUGAAGUUUGCCAUCGAUGUUGGAUACCGCCACUUCGACUGUGCCUAUUUGUACAAGAAUGAGAGUGAAAUAGGGGAUGGGAUCCAGCAGAAAAUCAAGGAAGGGGUUGUGAAACGGGAAGAUCUUUUUGUUGUCAGUAAGCUGUGGUGCACGUUUCAUGAGCGAUCCCUUGUGAAGGGGGCAUGCCAGAAAAGUCUUGCUGCACUGAAACUGGACUACCUGGACCUCUACCUUAUUCAUUUUCCUAUGGGAUUCAAGGCUGGUGAGGAGGCGCAUCCUGUAGAUGACAACGGUAUGAUUGUCCCCAGUAACACUGAUAUUCUGGACACGUGGGAGGCUAUGGAAGAGCUGGUGGAUGCAGGUCUGGUGAAAGCCAUUGGAAUCUCCAACUUUAACCACAAACAGAUUGAGAGAAUCUUAACUAAACCUGGUUUAAAAUUCAAGCCUGCCAACAACCAGAUUGAGUGCCACCCAUACCUCACCCAGGAGAAGCUGAUUAAUUAUUGCCAAUCCAAAGGGAUCUCUGUGACCGCAUACAGUCCCCUUGGCUCUCCUGACAGGCCAUGGGCCAAGCCAGGGGACCCUACUCUUCUAGAGAACCCUAAGAUUAAAGAGAUUGCUGUUAAACACAGCAAAACCUCUGCUCAGGUUCUGAUCCGGUUUCAUAUCCAGAGGAAUGUGGCAGUCAUUCCCAAGUCUGACAAACCACACCGUAUUGAGGAGAACUUUAAGGUGUUUGACUUUGAAUUGACUAAUGAGGAGAUAGAAACCAUCCUCAGCCUUAACAGGAAUUGGAGGAUUGUUGAAAUGCUCAAUGCUGUCAAUCACAAGGAAUAUCCAUUUGAAGAAGAUUAUUAAAGCUGUUGUUUCCUUGGCAUCUCUGGCUAUUAGAGUUGGA